AGAAGCACCAAAAAUAGACUUAAACUAUUUCUUAAAGCAAAAAAAAUAAUAAUAAAACAAAGAGAAAAAUAUAUAAAAAAUCAAGAAGAAAUUACUUACAAAAUACAUCAUUUCCAAAAGAAUUUAAAGGAUUUAUAUAACAAAAUUCGAUAUUCACGAAAUAAAAAGGAUUUUUUCCAAUAAUUUUACGAUUUAAAAUAAUGAAAAUUAUGAAAAUUUAAGAAACAAAUUAAACGAAAAUUUUUAUACCUUUUUAAAAUACUAAAAACUACUAAUAAAAAGAGAAGAACAAAAUAAUUUUAAUUUCUGUAGAAUUAAAUAAAAUUUUCCUAAAAAAAAGCGAAUACACACAAAAAUAAUUCAGAAGAAAAAAAAUAUUCGAAGCGUAAAAGAAUUUGCAAAGAAUCAAUUUUUAUUUUUCUUGUAAAAAAAGCGAAAAAAAGCAAAUUUUAUCAAAAAUCAACUAAAAGAAUAAAAAAAAUCAAUUCAUUAGACAAAGGAUUACCAAUUUUUUAUAAAUAUUUCAAGGAUUUUAAAUCAGCAAGAAGAAAACCAGAAGAAAAUAAAUAAAAAAAAACGAAAAAUAAAAAUUUUCGUGGGCUCCGCAUUAACCCCUUUCCCAAAUAAGGGGCUAAACGAUUUUCGAUACAUUCGGUGUGAAAUAAGUUGAGAAAACAAAAAAUAAGAAAAAAAUAAACAAAAAACAAUAAUUAGAAAAGUGGUGCUAUUUACAUACUAUGCGCUUAGUUUUCAAAAUAGCAAUUUAAAAGACUUGAAUUAUUUAAUGAACGUUUAUAAAAAUACUCGUACAUAAAUAGUAUUAUAAUAAAAAUAAGCCUAUUUAUAACAGUUCAUAUAACAAUUGAUCCCAUCUAAUUUAGUAAUAAUAAACGUAUAAUUAAUUAAAACGGAAAAAUUAAAAACGAAACAAGAAAAUUUUUUAAUUUCAAAAACAAAGAAAAAAAAAAUUGCAAAACCAUUAAAUUUAUUUUUUUUUUAAUUUGUUUUUAUGUUUUCGUUUUCAAUUGCAAUUAACUGUAUAACAAUAUAACAAGUUGGUUGAAACUCUUCUUUUUGAAUAUUUCUUUGAUAUCACAAACGAUAAAAAAUUUAUACUGAAAAAAAAAUAAUAUAGAAAAAAAGGGGCCUAAAAUUUAAAGGAUUAAAAAAAAGAGCAGUCAGAAGAGAAGUGGUUGUGGCAGUUCUAUAGAAGAAAACAAAAAAAAAAUUAAAGGUGUAAAUUUGCUUACCAGAGCCAACCGAAAAUUUAAACCAAUGCAUUUAGGUUUUAAACGUGAAAAAACACGAAAAAGUUCUAACAACAAAAAAUGUCUUUACCCCGAGAGUGUAAUUUACAGGAUUCACGGGGAUCAAUUUACAGCUCGUCUCAACCGAACCCAACUAGUGGAAUCGAGUACGAGUCGGGAGGGAUCUUUUGUGCUGACAGAUCAACAUCAACAAUCGCCGAUGACAAUGAUAACAUCGGAUCCAAUCCAAUGGCCACAACAACAAAUCUCAUUGGUUGUCAGGAAUCCGGAUCAUUAUUCUCAGUGCAUUCAGCGCCACCAGUACCUCUCGCAGAAUUGGGAAUCAUCCAAAAUGAUAAUCCCAUUCAUGGAUUCGGAUGCCAACGGCCAGGAUUUGCCGGACUUAAAGAAACAAAUUCUGCAACAUCAACAAUUACCACCCAUACAGAUCUUGGAAUUUACGGACCACGACGAAAAAGUUUCAUCACCGAAUCAGAUGACAUCAUUGGAAACACAAUUGUUAACAGUGGAAUUGAAAGACAGCCAACCGGAAAUGUUACACCAAAAAGACCAGGCUCACUUAAAAUUAACUCGCUUCCACCACCAACGACAACAUCAAAGACAUUACAUGCGACAUUCUUGCAACAUCAAAUUUCUGAAAUCGAAGAGGAUGAUAAUGAAAAUUUGUUGACUGUAUCCAGUAUUACAGCAAGACCAUUAAUUGCAAAAUCUAGAGAAAUUCGAACGAGCCGCUUAUUAGCUGAAAAAGAAAAGAAGGAGCAGCAGAAAAAGCGUAAACGUAACAAUAAUGCCCCUUCUUCUGCUUCAUCAUCGGCAUCAUAUGAACCACCAGAUGGUGGAUAUGGUUGGUUUAUUGUUUUUGGUGCCUUUUCAGUACAAUUUUGGGUAGCUGGUCUUGUUAAAUCGUAUGGAGUUUUGUAUGUUGAAAUAAUGGAAACAUUUCCAAAAACGUCAGCAAGUGUUGCAUCAUGGAUCCCAGCAAUUCUCUCAGCACUCUGUUUAGCUUUAGCUCCAUUGUCGAGCGCAUUAUGUCAAAAAUAUUCAUGCCGAGUUGUUGUAUUCAUAGGUGGUUUAUUUUGUGCUUUUGGAAUGACUUUAAGUUAUUUUGCAACAGAUUUACUUCAUUUACUCUUUACUUUUGGGAUUUUAACAGGAAUUGGAGGUGGAUUAUCAACAACACCAGGUGUUGUUAUUGUAUCUCAGUACUUUGAUAAGCAUCGAGCUCUGGCCAAUGGAAUCACCGUUUCUGGAACAGCAGCUGGUAGCUUUAUAUUGCCAGUUUUGAUCAAACAUUUAGUAGACAAUUUCGGAUUUCAUGGUACAAUAUUGAUUUUGGGAGGAUGUAUGCUGCAUGUUUGUCUUUCGGCAACGCUUUAUAGACCCCUUGAAAUUAAAGAGGAAGAAGAAGAAGAAACACCAAGAGUCAACAUCUUAGGAAGUACAGAAAUUACGAAAUCAUUAACAGAUUUGACAACUGGUAGUGCGUACGGUGGUUUAUUAACAGGUUCAACUUAUCUAAAUUCGGCGGACGAUUUACCUGAUCCCAAAUUUAUUGAACAUUUGUUCCUAGAGGAAACUAAAAAUCGUAUUAAUGAUUAUUACAAUACAAAUAAAUUUAUAAAUAAUGCUGAAAAAACAUCACAGCUGGGUGAUAUUAGUGAUGAUGAAGGAAAGGAUAUUGUUGGUGAAACGACAUUCAUGAGACCUAUUAAAUCAGGUUGCAGUUCAACUAUUUUACAUUCAGUUGAAGACUUGAGCACUGAUUCAACAUGCGUAUAUCGGAAAAGAUCUGGAACAGAUUCAAAUCGUGGAAGCAGACGUCGUAAAUAUAACAUCAGUACUGAUGAAAUAAUUUCCAAAAUGAAUGAAAAUAAUGAUAAAUCUCAAACACCUAUGAUAUCAUCUGUACCACCAAUUUCAAAUACAAAUAAGGGAUUGAGUAAAAGCAUGGAAAUUCCAACACCUAGUAGUUUUUAUGAAGAAGGGAGUUUCGACGAGGAAAUUCAAGAAGCGAAAACAUGUUGCGAUCGUAUACAAGAAUAUUUGGAUAUAAGUCUUUUGAAAGAUACCACAUUUAUUUUAAUGUGUUUAUCAGUUACAUUAAUGUCAGUCGGAUGUCCUUACAUGUUAUAUUAUUUACCAGCUCAUGUUAUUUCUAUAGGGUACAGCAAAAGUGAAGGAGGUUAUUUGGUAGCUGUAAGUGCAGCAUUAGACUUGAUUGGUCGAUUAGGUUUGGGUUGGUUAUCCGAUUUGCAAUUAUUUGACCGAAAGAAAACCUAUAUAAUUUGCAUUAUUGGAGCUGGAAUAGCAGUAUUAACAAUACCAUCUGUAAAUUCAUUUUAUGUCAUGGGCUUACUUUUAGCAACAUAUGGUUUAUGUCUUGGAUGUUGGUAUUUAUUAAUGCCAGUUUUAUUAGCCGAUUUAUUUGGUACAGAUCGUAUUAGUUCCAGUUAUGGUUUAGUUCGUAUGUUUCAGAGUAUCGGUGCAAUAUCUGUUCCGCCGUUGGCUGGGUUUUUACGUGAUUUAUCUGGAAACUAUAAAAUAUGUUUCUAUUGUAUGGGUUCAUGUAUGGUUUGCGGUUGUAUACCAUUAUUGGUUUAUGCAGUCAUGAAAAGAAGAAAAAAAAAGUAUUCAUUUCGUUGUGAAAGUGAAAAUAAUUCAAUUUCUUAAAUAAAAGUCUAAAUAAGUUGAAGUAAACGGGAUGAAAUGAAAUAAUUUUGAUUAAAUUGAAAAUCAAAUUUCCGAAUAUUCAUGUAUUGCUAUAUAAAGUGAACAAACAAUAUUUAUUUAGCUUUUCCUGCUUUCCUUUGGAUCAAUAUAAAAUCAAUUAAACAAAAAAAAAUAAAAAAUCCAUUUACCAAAAUUGAAAAAAAAAUAUUCAAUUAAUUUUUUUAAGACAAGAAAAUUAAAUUGUUCUAGUUGUUAGCCAUUUUGUCAAUAUUAUUCACUUAAUUAUGGGUUUAAAUCUUCAUAAAUAUUUUUAAUUUUUACAUAAAUAAUUCUUGCGACAACUAUAUUUUUUUUACUAUCGCAUUAAUUAAUUUUUUAUAUUUAUACGAAAUUAUCAUUCGAUCAUUUAUCAAAAAAGUUUGCACUGCCAAUUACUUCUGGCUAAGUAAAAUCCUAUAUACAUAUAGGCAAAGUGUUAUCUCAAUUUUUUAAUAUUGAAAUUGAGAAACUAUUUAGUACCAAAGUUCCGCAUUUAAGUAUAUGAUAAUUAAUAAAUUGGCAAAACAACUUUUAGAUUAAAAUUUAUCUUUAAUGGUAGCAUAAGAAAAAGAAUUGAUUGUCAUCGAUUUUUGAUUCGUUGAAAACAAAGAUUUUUGAAAUUUUUUAAAUAUAAUUAAUCUUCAUAAAUCAGUAUGUUUCAUUUUUUUUAUGAAAAUUUCUUCAAGACCUACAUAUUUAUUAUAUAAAAUAUGUAUUAUA